UUACGUCAUUGACAGACAACAUUUCGGCGUCUGCUUAGGAUGUUUACUCAUUUUUUAUACCGUAUAUGUUUGAAAAAAUAAUGUAAUUGCAAUUGAUUUAUCGCCAAAAUUAUACAUAGUUCUAUUGAAAUUGUGUAGAAUAUUAACUUCGCAAUGGCUCAGAAUAAAACAGAUUUAAUGGCCGUCCUGGCCGUCCUAAAAAAAUACAACCUGAAGGGAACUGAAGAUCUUCUCAAAAAAGAAGCAAGUCUUUCGGAUGUACCGGAAAAUGCUGCCGGUGAAGCCGAUGUUAAUAGCGUGCUAGCCGCGUAUAAAAGUGAAGGAGAUCCGGAUAUCUAUGAACAGUCCUAUAUGGAGCUGCGACGAUUCGUGGAGGAAUCGCUGGAUAUCUAUCGUCACGAGCUUGCGCUAAUUCUGUAUCCGGUCUUGGUGCACAUGUACAUCGAGUUGGUGUAUAAUAGUCACGAAGAGCAGGCUAAGAAACUAAUUACAAAAUUUGGUCCGGAGCAGGAGUAUUAUUAUCAGGAUGAGCUAACGAAGCUUGCCAUGGUAACUAAACGAGACCAGAUGAGUGGCAACGAUUUGACGGAUACGUUCAAAUCCAAUGCAUUUACCAUUCGUAUUUCUCGAGACACCCUCUCGUUGUUGAAACGGCAUCUGCACGAGAAAAAGGCUUCAGUUAUACUGAACAUUGUUAAUGAGCAUUUAUUUUUUGAUCUUUAUGAGGGAGUUGCUCGGAAUAAAGCUCAGUGUGAUGCUACUUCCGGUGCGAUGAUAGGUGAAGCGAAACGUUUAGACAACAAAGUUAAGGUAUAUUAUGGUUUGCUCAAAGAGCCGGAUGUUCAAACGCUCGUUCAAGCUCCACCAGAGGAAGAUGACGAUAUGGAUCCGGAUGCACCGGAUAAGCCGAAGAAAAAGAAACCCAAAAAAGAUCCUUUGUUUUCGAAAAAAUCGAAAUCGGAUCCGAACGCACCUCCUCUGGAUCGCAUUCCACUGCCCAAAUUGAAAGAUGUCGAUAAGAUGGAAAAAAUCAAAUCGCUGCGCGAAGCUUCGAAACGCGUUAACCUAGGACCCGAUUGCCUGCCGUCCGUCUGCAUGUACACGAUGCUGAAUGCUAACUACACUGUGACGUGCGCCGAAAUUUGUGAAGAUUCCAGUUUGAUUGCCAUAGGGUUUUCCGAUUCUUCAAUCAAGGUUUGGUCGUUAUCCCCGGUCAAACUGCGUGAAAUGAAGACAGCCGAUCAGUUGAAAGAGAUAGAUCGCGACGCUGAUGAUGUGCUAAUUCGUAUGCUAGACGAUCGGAAGGCAGAAACCAGUCGCAUACUGCAUGGUCAUAGUGGUCCAGUAUUUCGGUGCGCAUUUUCUCCGGACCGAACUAUGCUACUGUCUUGCUCGGAAGAUUGCACAAUUCGACUGUGGUCGCUGCAUACUUGGACUUGUGUAGUAGUUUACAAAGGACAUCAAUUUCCCGUUUGGGAUGUACGUUUCUCACCUCACGGACACUACUUUUUGAGCUGCUCACACGACAAAACAGCUCGUCUUUGGUCAACAGACUCGCACCAGCCACUGCGCAUAUUUGCAGGCCACCUCUCCGAUGUCGAUGUUUGUAUUUUUCAUCCAAACUCAAAUUAUGUCGCCACCGGGUCUAGCGAUCGCACUGUGCGAUUAUGGGAUGUUUGCGUAGGCAACCAUCUACGGCUGAUGACGGGACACAAGGCUCCCAUUCAUUCGUUGGCGUUCUCAAUGUGCGGUCGCUAUUUGGCUUCCGGUUCAGCCGAUUGUCGUAUUCUGGUGUGGGAUUUAGCUCACGGCCAUCUAAUUGCCGCACUGUGUGGCCAUUCGGCAUCGAUUCAUUCGCUCUGUUUUAGCCGAGACGGUACGGUGCUGGCAACAGGUGGUCUGGAUUGUUGCCUGAAGCUAUGGGACUUUAGCAAGCUGUGCGAGGACAUUAGUGGUGAAAACGUUAACGUUUCACAUAAUCCGGAUGUACGGGAUGGAGAACCGUACUUGUUGCGUUCAUUUCCUACGAAGCAGACGCCGUUUUUGACACUACAUUUCACCCGUAGAAAUCUGCUGCUUGGCGUUGGAAUGUUCGAAGGCUCGGCGUAGGGUGGUAAGCCGAUUUUGAUCUUUCUUUUAAAUAUAUUUUAUCUAUGUACUUGUCUAAAAAGGA